GAAUCUAAAGGUUUCUUCCUCUAUUUCCCUCAUAAAUUUCCAUUCUUAUAUACUAGCAAGAUGAUCAGUGCCAAGAAACUUCUUAAAUUGACGAGGAAAUGGCAGAAAAUGGCUGCUAUCAGGCGAAGAAGAAUCACGUCGCCACAAAAAAUGGGAAGUAAUGACACAAGAAGUUGCAGCACAUCAUCAAUGGCUAAGAAAGGCCAUUUUGUUGUCUACUUUGCAUAUCAAAAACGUUUCCUUCUUCCCUUGGAAUAUCUUAACAGUAAAAUGAUCAAAGAGCUAUUCAACAUGGCAGAAGAAGAGUUUGGAUUGCAAAGCGAGGGGCCACUCACAUUACCUUGUGACACAAACCUUAUGGAAUAUGCAAUUACUUUGAUCAGACAGAAUGCUACUAGAGAUGUAGAGAGAGCACUGCUGAUGUCAAUAGCUAGCAGUUGCUGCUCAUCAUUUUUCCAUUUCCAACAUCAAGCAACAAGCCAUCAGCUACCAAUUUGCAGCUUCUGAAGAGUCACAAUAGAUUUGUAAAGACGCACAUACAAGUGUACAAUUUAUUUCAUAAAAAAUACAAAAUUUU